AUGGAUUCUUCCGACCAAGAGGCUUCCCCCCCCGGAUUAGACACAGGGUUUCUUCGCAAUCCUUGGCGCACGCGGGAUUUGCGAUCGCGACGGGGAUGCUGGACGUGUCGCGACAAGAAGGUCAAGUGUGACGAAGCGAGGCCGAGGUGCGACCGAUGCACCCGCCUAGAGAGGGUUUGUGACUAUGGCGAGCGGCCGCGCAAGCCAUACGUUCGCCGGAAGCGGGCGGCGGCAGGUCCUCCAGCGCCGACAUCGAAUGCGCAGCUGAGGGACACCGAGCCAUCUUCAGCACCCCCACCAGCAAAUGGCGAGCUCACCCGACCUAACGUCACCACCCCUGGCAGCCUCAGCUCGGAGGUGCUCCUCAGCUACGGCUCGACCCCGGCACUGGAGCCGCCAGCUUCGUCGGCUAGCAUUGCAACUUCUGUCACGCCCGCCUGCGCCUUGAUCCUGUCACCGUCCGACACUGAGGCUAUCCACCAUUUUCGACACACCAUUUCAGUCGAGGUGGACCCCAGAGCCGUCGACUUCUCAGGCCCGGCGCUCAUCUGGGAACGGGCACGCAGCAGCUCGCUCGUACUACACAUGGUAUGCGCUCUGGGCGGACAACGACGAUCGUACGAGGAGUGUGCCCCCGGCGGGGAGGCCCAGAAGUGCCGGUCACAGGCGAUGGAGCACUACGGAGCAGCCCUCGCGCUACUUGCAGACAUUACAGCGCAGACCGUCACCGAUUCCAUGUUCGAUGACAUCCUUGCCGCGCUGUGGCUCAUGAUCUCCUAUGAACAGCGGUUUGGUGACGGGUGUGGCACCGGCCUCAUUGCUCACUUCCAGGGAGCGGCAGUCUUUCUUCGAGACAGGCUGCAGUAUAUCCAGGACAUUACGGAGGAGUACCAGCCGAGAUGCGCUGGCGCGACCGGCACUUCUCCUGACUCCCAGCGGACUCUGGGACACCUCUCUCCCUUCAGUUGCCUCAUGAUCUGCUGGAUCGCACUGACAGAUGGGGGCGCUUCCUUCCAUGGACUGGGCGGUGGCUUCAAUGAUCUCUUGGGUGAUGUAACCCUCGGACAUGAUCGCCACGCUGUAUGCUCACGGCUUCGGACCAUCGUGGCACUACAGAGACAUUCCAACCUAGUGUACCAAGGCUCAUGGGGGCCUGCCUACCCCCAGCAUCAAGUGCUUGAAGAUCUUGUCACGAUGCGGCUCUGGAGCCUGCAGUCCGAGACGGGCCAGCUGCGGUUUCUUAUCUCACGACUCCCAGCGUCUACUCACAACCAGUGGGAAAACCAGCCCGAGCUAGAUCCCUUCGUGCAGAUUGGAGACGCUCUUCGAGAUGUACGAAAGCAGUAUACAGAAUAUUUCGAGGCAGGUCGCGUGUUGGCCUUUGAUGAUACCCGGGCCAACUGGAGACUAAUAAGGAAUAUUCGGUACAUCCUACCGCUCUUCCUGGCCGUCACUCUCUGCUUUCACCGGAUUACCAACAAGUCAGGCAGGCUGAACAGUGAGCAGCGCGAUGCGCUACGAGACAUCAUGGAUCUCGCGUACAAAACCCUGAGUGAUGAGGGAGAAGGAGCCGUGGCGAGGAUAGCAUGGCCUCUCUUCGUUGCAGCGCUUGAGACCGACGAUCCUAUCCACCGGGCGUGGAUCAUAGAUAGGUACUCUCGCUUCCGCAAGAGGGGGGAGAACUAUCAGAGGGCGUACGAUGCGUUAUCAGUUGCUCUGGAGGACCACAAAUCAGGACAGCCCCUUGUCGGAGUUGUGCAAUUGCUGCAGGAUAGCCGAGUUGACAAGUUUGUACUGUCACAGUACAUCCCCUUGCUUGAUCAGCGAUUCUCUGAGCUCAAGCAGUCUUUAGUCAAGGCAGAGCAUAAACAGGACGUCAUCCAGUCCUAUGAAAGGCUUAUCAAUCUCCUCAAGUCCGAAGUCGAUUUCAUUGCCAAACAUGGGCCUGCUAUGGUGCCGGAGAUCUCCUUUGCAGAUGUGCUGGAGAAUGGUGGCGAGCUACCGAAGGACUUUGCAAAUCUUGUCCGUGACCGUGGGUGUGUGAUUCUACGCAACGUGGUGCCGGAGGAUGUGGCAAGUGGCUGGGAGGCAUCGUUGAAGGACUACGUGCAUCGGCACCCUGGCGUUGGCGGCUAUCCGAAAGCUCGGCCGGCAGGAUGGAACGUGUUCUGGACAAAGGCACAAGUAGAAAUGCGCUCUCACCCUGUAGUCAUGAAAGCAAUGCGCUCCGUGUCCAGGCUCUGGCACGUAUCCGACCCCUCCAUCCCGAUCGACCUCGACAGCCAAAUAGUUUACCCAGACCGCAUUCGUAUCCGAUACCCGACAAACGAUCCGGGCCAAUUCCCACUACCACCACACCUAGACAGUGGCGGGACGGAGCGAUGGGAAGACGAAGAGUACCGGAAGAACUUUGCAUCGAUAUUCGAGGGCAAUUGGCCUGAGUGGGAUGCUUGGGCGGCCGAUCACCGGAUCAAUGCCAAAAGCCAACUCUACGAGCAGGAUCGCAUCUCCUGCUCCGCAUGGAGGAGUUUGCAGGGUUGGCUUUCGCUCUCGCACACCAACACUGGCGAGGGCACAUUGCGACUUCUUCCGUCUCUCAAGUUAUCGAUGGCCUACAUCAUGCUCCACCCGCUGUUCCACACAGGAGAGUACAACGACACCCUUCCGACCUUCCCCGGGGCGACACCUGGUGAGACACAGUUCUUCCCUACGGCCGAGAACCAUCCGCAUCUGGACCUAGAGCGCGCCAUCAUCGGAAUCCCCCCCGUGAAGCCUGGAGACUAUGUCUUUUGGCAUUGCGAUCUUGUCCAUGGCGUCGAUCCGACCAAUCCUGGCAAAAACGAUUCUGUCGUCUUCUAUAACGCAUGCAACCCUCUCACGCCCUACAACAUCGAGUCCCUAGUGCACACCAAAGCGGAAUUCCUCCGGGGUGACACACCUUCAGAUUUUGCACGCAGCCACGACGGCGAAAGGGAGUACACACACGAAGACUGCGGUGCCAGGAUCGAGAAUGUCCUUUCGGCGGACGGCCAGAGAGCGCUUGGACUCCGCCGGUUUGAUGAAGAGGAACCAGGCCUGACGGAGGGACAGCGAUUGGUUCGCAAACUUGCCAAUGAACGAUUGCAACAAUAG